GAGCUUGUACUUGGCGAGAAGAGCGCACAGGGUCAAACCACUGCGCCCUGGCCAGAGCUGGAGCUGCGGAAAUACCCUAGAGCGCAGGGCUGGGAGUGGGGAGCUGGCAGUGUGGGGCCAAGAAAAAAGGCUGGUGCCGAAAGCUAGAGCUAUAGGCAGAGACGGAGCAUCUGGGAGCGGGGGAAGAGUUUGUGGAGAGAACCCGCGGCUGCCGGUCCUGAGCUCCGCGAUGCGAGUAAACCUGGGCGCGCUGGCCGGCGCUGCUGCGCUGACUGGGGCGCUCAGCUUUGUGCUCCUGGCGGCGGCCAUCUGCACGGACUUCUGGUACAUCAUUGACACGGAGCGGCUGGAGAGGAGUGGCCCGGGGGCACAGGACCGGCUGGGGGCCAAUCGCAGCCAUCCCGAGCCUCUGAGCUCCCACUCCGGCCUCUGGCGGACCUGCCGGGUCCACAGCCCGUGCACACCGCUGAUGAACCCCUUCUGGCUGGAGAACGUGACAGUCAGCGAAUCAAGCCGGCAACUUCUCACCAUGCAUGGGACGUUUGUGAUUCUGCUGCCGCUCAGCCUUAUCCUGAUGGUUUUUGGGGGGAUGACAGGGUUUUUGAGCUUCCUCCUCCGGGCUUCCCUCCCACUCCUGCUCACCGGAGCUGUCUUCCUCUUUGGAGCCAUGGUGACCCUUGCUGGGAUCAGCAUCUACAUAGCAUAUUCGGCUGCCGCCUUCCGAGAGGCGCUUUGUCUACUGGAGGAGAAGGCCCUCCUGGACCAGGUGGACAUCCGCUUCGGCUGGUCCCUGGCCCUGGGCUGGAUCAGCUUCAUCACUGAGCUGCUCACCGGGGUGACCUUCUUGGCAGCAGCCCGCGAGCUCAGCCUGAGACGGAGGCAGGACCAGGACAUAUGAGCCUGGGCGCUGGGUCGAGGAGGGGAGGGAGGGGCUUGGCCCCAGAGCUUCAUCGACUCUUCUCCAUGGGCUGUGUGGCCUCUUCUUCCUCAAAGGCCACUUGGGGAGGCCAGGUGACCCCCCUCCCCCACAAAUCCCCACGGACUAAGCUCGGGGUCUGGCUGUUAUCUUAGCGCCUGUGUGCUCAUGUCCAUGUGUGUCCGUCUGGCCUGGCUGACCCAAACUGCUUCACAGGAAAUAAAAAUGAUCCUUUAA